AUGCCCGAGGUCAGGAGCCCCGGCCAGGACCUCACGCGAUGGAAGCAGCAGCCGCCGGGGCGCCGCACGGUCAGCCAGAUCUGCCCGCCCCCUCGGCGGCCCCUGACCGUGGCCGACAUCCGGCCCGGCAUGGAGAACGACAGGCUGGGGGUCUUGCGGGACUCCAUGUUCCAGAACCCGCUCAUCGUCAAGGCGGAGCUCGGCAAGCCCCGGGAAAGAAGCUGCAGUCUGCCCGGCGUUCAUUUUAACUAUGGACUCUACGUCCGGGGGCUGGAUGGAGGGGUCCCCGAAGCCAUCGGACACUGGAACGUGUAUAAGCAGCAGCCCACCCGUUCCAACGAGCUCACCAGGAAUUACAUUGCCAUGAACCGCGGGGCGGUGAAAGCUGGCCUGGUGACUGCCCGGGAGAAUUUCCUCUACCGUCAGCUCAACAACAUCCAUGUCCGUGACCAGGAUGACCGGCGCCUGAAGAAGGAACCACCCUCUGUCCCCCCAAACAUGACAUUUGGGAUUCCGGCACGGCCUUCGACACCCUUCUUUGACCUGCUGCAGCACCAGUACCAGAAGCUGUGGGUGCAGGAACAAAAGGCCGCCCAGAAAGCCAUUAAGAUGGAGAAAAAACACAAGGUGAUCCUUGGGAAGCUGUAUGAGACCCGGAGCAGUCAGCUGAGGAAGUACAGCCCACCCGUGAAGCUGGACGCCCUCUGGCAUAUGCCUCACUUCCGGAAGGUCAGUGUCACCUUCAUCUGCCCCUUCUUGCACCUACGGCUGGCCGUGCUCACCUUGCCUGGUCUUUACCUGUUGUCUAGACAGCUGAGUUGGGUGGGCUUCCAACCACCCAGCAGCAGCAGCAGCAGCAGCAGCAGCAGCAGCAUCCGACAUUUCCGAGCACCUCCACACGGCUGUGCACCAGAACCCCGCAUGUUCUGUGGCCGGACCAGAAACCAGAACAACAUGCUCGAGGAGUCCCCUGGUCCCAUCCCCUGA